AUUUUUCAGAAUUUCAGAAAAUCGUUUGUGCGUCACGUUGGGUCAUUGAAUACUCGAUAGAAAGAAACUACUGUAUAUAUGGAAACAUGACGCGGUAUCCGAAUUUUACCAUUUCCGCGUUACUUUCAAAUCCUGCCCAUGUCAACGAAAAUGCGAACCCAGGCGAAAGAAGCGACAUGAUUGACUUGAUGAAGAGAGCAGACUCUAAUGGUCAACAACGAGCAUUAAAACUUCUGCUUCCUUCCGAGGAACAGGCAUGUUACCAAAUGUCUACUCCAUCACGGCAAUUGUUAUUUCCAAAUGGAGCACUUCAACGGGACAUUAUGUCAAUUGAAAAACCAGAGGAAAUCAGGAAUUCGAUCACGGCUUCUAGUUUAACCCUGACAAUGAAUCAAGCCAUUGGCGUGGAGUUGCACAAGAAACGACGAUCCAGGGUGGCUUUCACACCGAAUCAGGUCUUUGAACUAGAGCGUCGAUUUUCUCUGCAACGAUAUUUAACCGGACCUGAGAGAACAGAGCUGGCCAUAAAGCUGAAUUUGACAGAAAAUCAAAUCAAGGUGAGUCUCACUUACCGACGCUUCAAAUAUCAAAAUUGCUUGGAACCGAGUUUCAUGCGCAGGAGAUUCUCGCCCCCGGUGUCGAGCAACUUUUAUCGUCGGCUUUUGCCUCAUCAUGCCGUCCAUCAUGCGCACUCGCAAAUCCCGGAUCAUCGAGUCACGCCGUUUUGGCCACUGCUGGGCUUUCCGCACACUCAAAUGUCAUUGCUACCGUCCACCGUGUCGCCCAACUUCGACCUGAUCAGCAGUAUCUACAAGAAGAACUUGCUGGAUUUUGCCUUGGCUUCGAGACACGUAGCCCAGGUUCACGGGAAAGGGAACUGCGAAGUCACGAGUGCUGGACCGAAUUCCCCGGUAGUGUCGGAAAGGACGGACUAA